AUGAGCGAGUUUACAUAUGAUGCGAACCAUUUGGUUGUGGUCUACCGAGCGUGUAGCAGCUGUGUGUCACCUACCACACGCGGGGGGCAGCGACACCUGAGGGAGUUCCCACACAACCUACGCGGAGCUGUCCAUAAGGCCACUACUGAGCUGCUUGAUGGGUAUGGCAGGAGGAGGAGUCUGGACGAGCUGAAGGAAGAGGUGCGACGACUGAACCUACAAAGGAGUGACUCAGGACAGCUGGCGCAACCCGUGCAAGGCCUAAUGAGGCAUGAUGGGUUCUACUGCCUCCGCCCGCAAUGCAUCUACUGCACACGCAACCUAGCGAACAUGAAGGAGCACUUGCGAGUAGAGCAUAGGUUAAAGGCUGCGCAACAGAAGACCAUGCAUGGCCAGCUGUGGAAGGAGUGCAAGCUACAGACAUACUUUAAAGGCGGUAAUCGGAUCAAUUACUUUGCAGUUGAGCCUCUAAGUAAUACACAAGACAUUACCCAGCUACCCCAAGCUACGACAACACAACAAGACCAGGAGCGCCAGCUGAAGGAAGACAUGCUAUUCGAGAAGAUCAGCAAGGAUGUUAAAGAGGUCACAAAAGACCAAGAGGAGGCUGCAAAGCGGACGGGAUUCCCAAGCCACCUCACUGGGCUGAAGGUCGAGGAGAUCUACAGCUCGUACCAGCUGCCUAAGGUGCAACCACUUAGGAAGGCGGGGGAUGACGGCCGUAGCGAUGGAAGGAAGUAUGAUCCAGAGUCGUACCUGAUGCACAUUGUGCGGGCUGCAGAGAGAGCGCAAGAUGACGCAGCAGAGGGCUUGGACGAUGAUGCGACCACAAACAACAAUGAGGAUGCGUCGGCCAGCAACGCUGCAUCAGAAUCAGAGAGACCACCGAGCUCAGAGCCAACCGCGGAAGACCUUGCAAGGCUCGCAGCGCUUGAGGCAGAGAACAUCUGCACCACAAUGGUGAGCGGCGGGAUGACGCUUACGGCCAAGUACACCACGGACGAAUACCGUGUCGCCUUCGCUGAUGUAUUCCGUUCGCUCUGUCAUCUGGAGACAAUGGAGGUGAAACGUAACCUCCUUCAACCGUAUGUUGUCACUCCGCAAAUCGUGGGUGAAGUGAUCAAAUUCUUCUUCCAUCGGGUGUUCAACAUCCCAGGAGCCCGUCAGGUCCAGAACCUGGUGAAGCAGCUGCAGGCCACAGACGAGUGGAAGAUCGUCAUGAACGCAACGACAAGUCCGGCCUUGCAUCUUCCGAUGUCGCUGGGAGAUUUUAAGGUCAUCAUGGACAUGGAGAAGCGAAUCAUAAGCUAUGGCGAGUAUAGCAAUUGCAAAGAGCUUGUGGACAAGAACAAGGACAUCAUGACCUUCUUGAACAGCAAAGGACACUUUACCAAGCAAGGAGUAGGAAAGGUGACGCUUCUUAAAGAUUAUCUUUCUGAUAAGCUCGGCAUUAACCGGGAACAACUUGACAAGCACUUCCAACUAGGACGGGUGCUUCAUAUGUUAACGAGCACCUUUGGGGCAGGCAUCCUGCCUCUUCUGCCGAGAGAGACAUACAAGUUGUAA